GGUUUAAAUCAAAAUAUACAGGCCCCCCCACCAGGUAUCCCAUCAUCCCAUAACUUAAAAAUCAUCAUCAUUCUAUGACGUGAUCGCGGUUUUCAUAUUCAAUCAACCUUCCUGUUAGUUUGAUGAAAAUAGCAUGGGCUCAACAAAAGGCUGAAACUUUUGUCAAGGAUUCUUGAUUGUUUUUUAUGGGCAAUACGUGUCGUGGAUCUUUUGCAGUAAAAAUCAGUCAAGGCUCUAAUCCGCCCCAACACAAAUCAAGUUCCAAACGAUAUAACAACUCCUCAAGCUUUUCAUCUACGCCUGUGAACCCUCAAAAACGUGUGUCUGAAAAAAUUCCCCCAAAAAAUACAAAUUCCCAUUCAAAUCCCAGCCCGAAAACCCCACCUAAAGAAGUGGCCAUGAACGGACACAAUGCAAAUCAGGCUUAUUAUGUUCUCGGCCACAAGACCGCUAACAUUCGUGAUCUUUACACGUUGGGUCAAAAACUUGGUCAAGGUCAAUUUGGUACAACCUAUCUAUGUACCGAUAAUGCAACAGGUAUAAACUAUGCAUGCAAGUCUAUUUCAAAGAGGAAGUUGAUUUCAAAAGAAGAUGUUGAGGAUGUAAGGAGGGAGAUACAGAUAAUGCAUCAUUUGGCCGGACACAAGAAUAUCGUAACGAUCAAGGGUGCAUAUGAAGAUCUUUUGUAUGUUCAUAUCGUUAUGGAGCUUUGUAAUGGUGGGGAAUUGUUUGAUAGGAUCAUUGAAAGAGGGCAGUAUAGUGAGAGGAAAGCAGCUGAGUUGACAAAGAUCAUUGUGGGUGUUGUUGAGGCAUGUCAUUCUCUUGGAGUUAUGCAUAGAGAUUUGAAGCCGGAGAAUUUUUUGUUGAUAAACAAGGAUGAUGAUUUCUCACUCAAGGCCAUUGAUUUUGGACUCUCAGUUUUCUUCAAGCCAGGUCAAGUUUUCACUGAUGUUGUUGGAAGCCCGUAUUAUGUUGCCCCAGAGGUGCUUUUGAAGCAUUAUGGUCCUGAAGCAGAUGUCUGGACUGCAGGGGUGAUACUUUAUAUACUUCUAAGUGGUGUUCCUCCAUUUUGGGCUGAAACACAACAAGGGAUAUUUGAUGCAGUUUUGAAGGCCAAUAUAGACUUUGAGUCGGACCCAUGGCCUCUUAUAUCUGAUAGUGGGAAGGAUCUUAUCGAGAAGAUGUUAUGCUCUCAACCUUCAAGUCGUUUAACUGCUCAUCAAGUUCUCUGUCAUCCAUGGAUAUGUGAAAACGGUGUUGCUCCUGAUAGGGCACUUGAUCCCGCUGUUCUUUCUCGUUUGAAGCAAUUCUCUGCAAUGAACAAAUUAAAGAAAAUGGCUUUGCGGGUAAUAGCUGAAAGCUUGUCUGAAGAAGAGAUCGCCGGUCUGAAAGAAAUGUUCAAAUCAAUGGAUACAGAUAACAGUGGUGCAAUUACGUUUGAUGAACUCAAAGCUGGUUUAAAAAGGUUCGGUUCGACGUUAAAAGAUACAGAGAUUCGUGAUCUUAUGGAUGCGGCAGAUGUGGAUAACAGUGGCACAAUCGACUAUGGAGAAUUUGUAGCUGCUACCAUGCACCUGAACAAGCUGGACCGUGAGGAGCAUCUUGUUUCUGCUUUCCGGUAUUUUGAUAAGGACGGAAGUGGUUAUAUUACAGUUGAUGAGCUUCAACAAGCAUGUACAGAUCACAAUAUGACUGAUUUUUAUGUGGAGGAUAUCAUUAAGGAAGUCGAUCAAGAUAAUGACGGGAGAAUCGAUUAUGGGGAAUUUGUAGCUAUGAUGACUAAAGGAAAUGCAGGUAUUGGAAGGCGAACAAUGAGAAAAAGUCUUAACAUCAGCAAGCGUGAGGAAUGCUAGCAUCUCAAUAAUACAGCGGCAUGUCACAGUUAUACGAUUGAGAUUGAAAAGAAACCGGCUUCAUUCACUACUUUAGUUAUAGUCUGGCAAGACUUUGGAUGUUUAGAAAUUCUUUAUCUAACCUUUGUAAUAUGGGACUUGUACAUUUUAUAAGUUUUGUUCAUAGUACGUGAUACUAAAGUUGUUCUGUUUAAGAACAACUUUGAAACUUGUAUAAUUUCAAUGUAAUUUUAAUCUAUUAUGGGUUCGAUCUUUCGGGAAUUUUGUGAUAA